UGUUAAGGGUAGUUCGAGGUAACGAUAGUUAUCAAUUUGUCUGAAAACUACUCUAAAAGCGCACAUCAGUGUUUGCUAGCAACAAUUAGCAGUGCAUAUGAGCUACGAACUAGCAAUGGCUAGCAGCAACUUUGAACGGGACGGGCACUGAUGGAAUUAACGCUAAUAUGGACCUGACAGCGUUCAGCCGCAGUUUAACACAUUUCAGAUGAUACCCCAUCGCUGUGUGGUAACGCUAAAGUUAGUGUUUACCAUCGGUAAUUAACACACGGUGGCUAGUCAAAAUCUUCGACUAAGUUACCUUACAUUGUAAGUGGAUAACACGUGCCCAGUGCGCGUGUCGUUUGACAUAAAAACCACCGCAGCUCAAAGGCUGAUUUUAAUUUGGCUGCUGUGUAAGUCACUUCUGCCACCAGUUCAGAGAAGCCAAAAGCUAAUAAACCUGCCACCAGGUACCAGAUGAGUGCUGUCUAGGAAACGUGGGGCUCCGUGUCGGAGUGCUGCACCCAUGAUUUGAACACUGUUUAUAGCCCUCCAGUUGCUCUGGUUUCCAUAAGCAGGCAGUUGGGUGGCUUUUGACCUUGUUGUAGAGAGUUUCACUGUCCUGAGCUGAGGAAUAUUAAACAUGACUGUGGCCAAUGCAAAGUCUGGCACAGCCAUGCAGCAGGUACUGGACAACCUGAAAGACCUGCCAUCGGGCACAGGAGCCAAAGAUAUUGACCUAAUUUUCCUCAGAGGCAUCAUGGAGAGCCCCAUCGUCCGCUCCCUUGCAAAGGCCCAUGAGCGUCUUGAGGAGGUUAAGUUACAAGCUGUGCGGAGUGAUAAUGUACAGCUGGUCACAGAGAUCCUGGAUUCCCUCAACAACCUGUCAGAAAAAGAUGCUGCCGUUGCUGAACUUGCCAAAAUCCUUCAGGAGCCUCACUUUAAGUGUUUAAUAGAGGCUCAUGACAAAGUGGCAGCAAAGUGCUAUGAAAUGCCCCACGCUGCGGUGAACAGCGAUUCCUCGAUGACAAGCUCGCUCAUGCCAGCUGAUGCAGUCAGGAUGAUUGGCAUCCAGAAGAAAACUGGGGAGCCACUGGGGGUGACGUUCCGAGUGGAGCAGGGGGAGAUGGUGAUCGCGCGGAUCCUGCACGGCAGCUCGAUUGACAGGCAAGGCAUGCUGCAUGCAGGGGACAUAAUCCGCGAGGUGAACGGUCGUGAGGUCGGCAGUAACCCCCAUGAACUCCAAGAGCUGUUGAAGGACUGCAGUGGCAGCAUCACACUCAAGGUCCUGCCCAGCUACAGAGACACACCGGCACCUCCACAGGUUUAUCUCAAACCACACUUCAACUACAAUCCGGCCACAGACAACUUGAUCCCUUGUAAAGAGGCAGGCCUGGCCUUUUCCAAGGGAGACAUCCUUCAUGUUGUCAACAAGGAGGACCCCAACUGGUGGCAGGCACGCAAAGUUGUUGGUGGAGCCACUGGGCUCAUCCCCAGUCAGUUCUUGGAGGAGAAGAGAAAAUCUUUUGUGAGAAGAGACUGGGAAAGUUCUGGUACAGGUAUGCUCUGUGGAACUCAAACUGCAAAGAAAAAGAAGAAGAAAAUGAUGUAUCUCAUUUCGAAAAAUGCAGAAUUUGACCGUUAUGAGCUGCAGAUCUAUGAGGAGGUAGCCAAAAUGCCACCGUUUCAGAGGAAAACACUGGUUCUAAUUGGAGCCCAGGGAGUUGGGAGGCGGAGCCUGAAGAACAGACUUAUUGUCAUGAAUCCUCUGCGAUAUGGAACCACUGUACCCUUCACAUCCCGCCCUCCGAGGGAAGAGGAGAGAGACGGCCAGAACUACCGCUUUGUGACGCGGGAAGAGAUGGAGAAGGACAUCAAGGAGAGCCGUUACCUGGAGCACGGCGAGUACGACGGCAACCUUUAUGGCACCAAGAUUGACUCUAUCCAUGAAGUGGUGGCUGCAGGCCGCACCUGCAUCCUGGAUGUCAACCCUCAGGCCCUGAAAGUGCUGAAGACUGCUGAGUUUAUGCCAUUUGUAGUGUUUAUUGCUGCUCCUGAACUGGACACACUAAGAGCUAUGCACAAAGCUGUGAUUGAUGCUGGACUUACGACCAAGCUACUCACGGAGAACGAUUUGAAGAAGACUGUGGACGAGAGUGCCAGGAUCCGCCGGGCAUACAGCCACUACUUUGACCUUACUAUUGUCAAUGACAAUCUGGACAAGGCCUUCGACAAGCUGCAGGAUGUGGUAGAACGAUUAUUCAUAGAGCCACAGUGGGUUCCAGUCAGCUGGGUCUACUGAUGUUUACUGGACAGACACGGCUGUCUGAGCUGAAGGGAAGGGGGAUUCAAUACUGUGCUUUACACCCGGACAAAGUGUUGGACAUCAGCCCUGUGUGAAUUUGGGUCUUGCACAAAACUGCAUCACAAAGCUGAGUCACCUUGAUCUGAAUUGCCAGAUUGCUUCCUAGCACACUAUGCAAUUCGCAACACACAGGAAGUGUACUUAUUUAUUGGCACAACCAUUUUUUAAAGAAUUCUUUCUAUUCAUGUGGAUUGGAAGAAAAUGCUGGCCUGUGCGUCAGUGUGUUUUUAAAAGCAAAUGCUGAUUUUUGUUAUGUCCCAAUUUAAUUUUACAUCCCUAUGUAAGCCAGUAUAUUUAUUCUGCAUAAACGAGGAGGGCUUGCUCAAUAACAAUACCUCAGUGUCGCAGUUUACAGUGUGUAUGCCUCUACUAAUUCAUCUCAUUUUGUUGCUAUUGUACAAAAUAUAAACUCGUUCAUGUAAAACAGUGUCAUAUUUGAGAACCGUUCCCUCCUCAGGGCACAUUCUUGCCCUGGCUUCUUUGCAGUUUAGCCACAUAAAUGGGAAUGUCAUUUUAGUCACUGAUUUUAUGCAGAAGGAAAAGUAAUACUGUAGUGUUUACCCAUUUUCUGUUUCACUCAAGCACAACUGAUUACAUUAAUUAGGGUGAUUGCCUGUCAGACAUUUGGAUCACAUGAGUGUCUCUUGACUGUUAGACCUGUCGGUAUGGUGCUGUGUUUGUUUGGGGAAAAAAGAAAAACUUUCCACAGGACUCUUAGAACAGGGUACUGCAUCUCAGUGAACCAUCCCUUUUGAUGUGAUAUUACUAAAACUUAACUGUUUGAAAUUAAGUUCAUAUUGACUUAUAAAAAAUAUAUAUUUUACAAGAUUUCAGAUAAGAUGUAUUUUCAGAUGUCAAAUAAAUAACUGGUGUUUUCUAAUGA